AUGGCGCCAAAGAAAGUGGAACCAAAGAAGGCGGAGGUGAAGAAGCCGGAGCCAAAGAAGGAGGAGGUGAAGAAGGAGGAGGUGAAGAAGGAGGAGGCUCCGCCGCCGCCGCCCGAGGUCGACCUCAAGAGCAUCGUGCUCGACUUCAGCGCCGAUCAGAUUGAGGAGUUCCGUGACGCCUUCACGCUGUUCGACGAGACGCCGGCGGGCGAGAUGAAGAUCAGGUACGCGCAGUGCGGCGACGUGAUGCGCGCGCUGGGCCACAACCCCACCAACGAAGAAGUGCUGAAGCUGCUGGGCAAGCCGAAGGCGGAGGACAUGAACGUGAAGCUGCUGGACUUCGACAGCUUCCUGCCCAUGCUGCAGCACGUCGCUCGCUCCAAGGAGCAGGGCACCUUCGAGGACUUCGUGGAGGGGCUGCGCGUCUUCGACAAGGAGGGCAACGGCACCGUGAUGGGGGCGGAGCUCCGCCACGUCCUCGCCACGCUGGGGGAGAAGAUGACGGAGGACGAGGUGGACCGGCUGAUGGUCGGACAGGAAGACGCCAACGGACACAUCAACUACACCGAGUUCGUCAAGCACAUCCUGGCCGGGUAG